CCAUCACUGGGGCUAGUUUCACAUUGAUGGCGCAGCAGGAGGGUAGUUUUGCUAACGGGGGUAUAUGAUAUGACGGUAAUGUUGCUUUUGAGAAACUUUCAUUUCUUAACAGAAAUUUCAGUUAAUACUUAAGUUUCUCUGCUGAGACAAACAGGUUUUCUGGCUCAGCUUAGUUGCAGAAGAAACGGAUUUAUCCCUAUCCCUAUCUCCACUCGGCUAGGAUUAGCCAGGAGACUAGCCUGUUUGUUGUAAGCAUAGUGCCUGUAGGAAGCUAGUUUCAGCUUGCUACUGCUGCCCACCGAGGACGAUAUAUCGUAAACGAAAUGUCUAAAGGUCGAAAACGCUCGAAAGCCAAAGCGGCAGCUAAAGCAGCUGGAUUCGGUAUGCCUCCAGGAGCAAGGCCUCAGCCUUCCGGUGGACUUUGUAUUGUUGGUCCGCCACUUCCAGUAGCAAUGAUGCCUGGAGAUCACUUUCCUAUGGGCCCGCCCGACUUUGGACCACCAGUGAUGGAGGAUGGGCCAUUUAUGAACGAACCCCCUGAGUUUAUCACAAGAGAUCGGUAUGUACAUAGACCAGGGUUACACCCGCAAGAGUUUGAAAUGCCCCCGCGCCUCCUCCAUCCAGAUUUGGAGGACAGACUACGAGGUUUUCGCCCAGAUCCAUAUGAAGGCCGACCUGGUUUUCACCCAGCAGAGUUUGAAGGAGGUUUAGGGUUUAGGGAUAGAGGGUUUGUUCCACCUGAGUUUAGGGAUAGAGCAUCAGGGUUUGUCCCACCUGAGUUUAGGGAUAGAUCAUCGGGGUUUGUCCCACCUGAGUUUAGGGAUAGACCAUCGGGGUUUGUUCCACCUGAGUUUAGGGAUGAACCACCAGGGUUUGUCCCACCUGAGUUUAGAGAUAGACCACCAGGGUUUGUCCCACCUGAGUUUAGAGAUAGACCACCAGGGUUUGUCCCACCCGAGUUUAGAGAUAGACCACCAGGGUUUGUUCCGCCGGCAGGAAUCCGGCCAUCACAGUUUGAGGAUGGCCCGGGUUAUCCAAUGAUUAACCAUGGAUGUGGCCCAAUAAAUGAAUACAACGCGAUGGACCCGGCUUAUAUGCAACCACUGGAUGUCCAUUUGUCUAAUGUCCGCAUGGCCGACGUCUUCUCUGCUGAUGCUGUUCAGGGAACAGAGCAGAGCAAUGCUCCCCCUAUGGCUUCCUGCCCACCUGACAGAACUCAUCAGGCUAACCAACAAUCUAGUGGUCCUGGCAAUAAUGUAAAUGGUAAAAAUUCCACCACCACUACAACAACAACAAAAUCCACUUCCAAGAAUGAAAUAUCUGUUGUCAAGCACAUGUUGGGAUCAGUCAAACCUCCACCUGGACGAUCUUUGGGAGUUAUCACAUUUAUUGCUAACAACUACGGGUUCAUUGAAUGCGAGGAUCUGAAAAAAUAUUCUUUCUCAUUUGAUGCUUUUUUUGGACAACGAAACCAUUUGGUACCUGGGGUUAAAGUGCAUUUCACGGCAGUCAAAGUAUUGGGGGAAAAAAAAGAAUGCGCAACUGAUGUGAAAGUUGCACCAGGAGGGACAGAGGAGAUUGAAGCCACAAUCUAUGAAGGUGUGGUCACUGCAGUGCUGCCUGAUACUUAUGUGUUGGAACCUCAUCCAGGCCGCAUCAGAACCAUUCUCACUACUGAACCUGUAAAACUGCCCUUUGGAAGGAUGGACGCAAAAGCCACCCUACUACUGUUUGACCGGGUGAAAUUUCAGCUGCUCACAGAUGUUAUUACAAAGGUCCGCAGAGCAACAAAUAUCACACCGCAAAUGCCAGAAACGUUUCAGCUCACUAAGGAAAUCAGGGAAAAGGGUGUUAUAAUGAACAUAAAGGAUGAUUCGUUUACCAUCAUGUCAAAGAAACAUGAAAACCUCACUGCCUCCCUCAGUGAGUAUCUAUCAGAUGAUCAACUAAAUGUCAUGGAUGAGGCUGAGUUCACAGUUAUAACUGUAAAAGACACAUUGAAGGCUAUCAGAUUGAAGAAGCUUCCUGAGGGCGCAGUGGAGUUUGAUUCACAAGCAAAAAAUGCUACUGACCCCUCUGCAGGCAAAUCAAUGUGGAAACCAGUGACCUCGAAGGAAGCAACUGUUGAUGAAGACAUAAGCAGUGAGAAAUAUGAGGGAACCAUUUCCAAAGUCAUCCCCAAAAGUUCUGAAAAGGAGAUGGGGCAACAGCAGAAACAGGGCCUUGUGGACACCACUGUGGAUGGUACAAUGAAAAGUUUACCAUUUGGUUCAGGUGAUGUGAUCACACAGGCCACCAUGAUGGUCGGUGACAAGGUCCAGUUCAACAUUGCCACCAAACUGCUGACCAAGGAGGACCAUGCCAUCAACAUUCAGAUUCAGCCAGACACCUUUCAACUAGAAUCCACAGAGAAACGCAAGAUAGGCAUUGUCGUACAAUUGGAUGAUAAUUCUGGGUUCAUCAAGGCCCCACAGGACCCACAGCUGUAUUUUGACCUGUCUGAGGUUAUGGAUGACGCCAAGCUUGCGUUGUCAGAGAAAGUUGAGUUUACACUUGCAGUGGGGGUUAAGGGGUUUGCAGGAGGUAAACGAGCUAUUAGAAUCAGAAGGCUGACGGAGAGUGUCUUUACAUCUGUGCCAAAAAUAGAAGAAAAGAAAGAGAAGAAGAAAAUGACAAUCAAAUUGCUGAAAGACCCAAAAGAGCACUUCAAGAACCAAGUCAAAACAGAGGGCAAAGGUUGUGAUUUGCUGGAUGCAGAGAAGCCUGGCAGGGAAAAGGUGGAUGCCUCAAAAGCUCCAAAGCAGGACAAUAAAAGCAAACAGGAAAACCCUAUAAAGGGUAGCAGAGAACGUAGCAGAAGCCGAGAAAGCCGACACAGGUGCAGCCGGAGUAGUAGCCGCAGCCGAGAUAGGAGUGGCGGCUACUAUGGCAAGAACAGGAGCUCCAGUCGUGACAGGACUUACCGAAGUUACAGAAGGAGCCGCAGUCGCAGUAGAGAUCGCUCACGCAGAUACAGGCGUAGUUAUAGCCGUAGCCGCAGUAGAAGCAGGGAAAGGAACAGUCGCGGCGGCAAAAAGAGAAGUCACAGCCCAGAAUACAUGGAUGAUCAUCACAGAGGACAGAGCAACAAUAAGGAAUACAGCAGCAAGAGACAAAGCAGAAGCCCUGAUGGUCAUAACAAGACAUCCAAAUAUGCAGCCAACUCCUUUGAUUAUAUGAACUCGUCAUCUACUGAGGCUGUAAAUAAUGAAUUGGCAAAGAAGAGGAAAGAGUUAUUGGAGCUCAAUGAGUUAAUAGCACGUAAAAAAGCAAUAAUGGCGUUGGAACAAAACACCAAAACACCAAGUCAGUUUAAAGAUGCACUUGAAAUGGAAAAACAACAUGGGAUUGCUACAUUUGAUUAUCAGCACAAAACCUGUGUAGAGAAUUCAUGGACCCCUGACACCAAGCCAGUUAGGUCCAUUUUAAAGAAGCACUCGGAGUCUCUCACCAGUCCCCAACAUCAGGAAAAUGAAAGAAGUGAGAGUCCAGAAGAGCCAGUGGGAUGCCCAAAAACGCACGCUUCCAGUAUAUACAUGUCUGCUGGCUCAGUCCCUGUAUGGAUUAAACAGAGUUCUACUCCUGAGAUUGAAGAUCAUGAAUUAGCAAGGAAAAAGAGACAGUUAGAGGAACUAAGUGAAUGUAUUGCACGUAAACGAGCAAUUAUGGCCAUGGAACUAAAGGCUAAAACCAUUUGCGAUGGGUCUGAAAUCAAAAAGAAAUAUGAUUUUGGUUCAUGCUCAGAUGACCUGGACAUAACAAUGACAAAUAAGCAUAUCUGGCAAUUUGAUAUAAAACCUGAUCUUCAGCCAAAGAAGUCCAUUCUGAAGAAGCGGUCAGAAUCUGUUACUGACCAGCCACAGAAGGAUUUGACUUCAGCUGGUCAGUAUGCUCAUUUUCCAAUGUCUAAACAACCUAAAGAUGAUCACUCCACUUUCCUCAAUCUCUCUGGGCCAUCAGAUACUGCAUUUAAAAAACCUUGUAAUCCACCAUCGGUGUUCUCUAAUACUGUUGACCUUUUCAAGAAACUGGUUAAUGAAUCCUCUACCAGUUCAAGUAUGAGCAGUAACAAGGCAAUAGCUCAGCAGUCAUUUCAGCCAAGUUCUGGAUUAAUUUAUGACCAAGAAAGUGCCAGAGAGACCAAAGACCAAAGUUAUUCUACAUCACCUUCCCAGACAUCCCGGUUUUCUCACCAGGAUUGUGACCAGGCAUCCACAAGUGAGAGUUCUUCAACUCAGUCUUCAGCUUCAAAACAAAAGACUAAUCUUGCAACACAAAUGGAACGGUUUCUUGGUGCCUUAAAUAAAGCAGAUUCGAAUUUAUUGACCUCAUUGUUGAGAGAUGCUAGAAAAGAUACCGAUCGACCGAAGAAUCAGAGGAGCCCACAAGAGCCCACAGAAAGAAUGUCUUGCGGUGAUGAAUUGUAUGAUCCUUUCAAAGAAACGGAUUGCAACGAAGACAACUAUCGUUUAAUGGGGAGCAAACAGAAUAUGAAUCCUAUGUUGAGACAAAAUGAAAACACCCAAGAUGAUCUCUUACCACACGAAAGAGCUGUGGUAGAUGGCAGUGGCUUUUCCAAAAUUGUUGGAAUGAAAUAUGGCAUUGAAGCGAAGCCUGAGAAUCGGUUCCUUCGUGGUGAGGCAAUGCCUUCUAGUAGUCAAAGCAAACUUUUAGAACAGCACGAAAAUUUUUUGAAAGAAUGUGAUACGUUUAAACUGUCACAAGAUCGUUAUGGUGAUGAGCCAUAUUUUGAGGACUCAUAUGCAGAGGACAGAGAGAGAUACAAAACACAAAAACUGUCUGAAAAGUACAGAGUAGAAGGCAGCCUUAGCCCAGUGCAUCAGAAAUCCAAGGAUGCCAAUGAGGAUGUCGCCCAAAAAGCAAGCCACUAUAAAACAAUUCAGGAGCUGCUGCAAACCAUCGGUCUUAAUUUGGACACGACAGAAGUUAGCAAGUUAGCUGAUAGGACAAAAGAGCGCCUGUAUGGUAAGAAAGUCAAACCCCAGAGUUCUCACUCUUUUGAUCAAAAAGAUGAACACUCAAUAAGUCGUUAUGAGCGAAGAGGUAGUAGUCAUUCCACUGAUUCUGAGGGUGUAAAUUCUGUAUCCCCUGCUAAAACUUCUAAUCGUGAGGUUUACAUGAGUUAUUUGGACACUCUUAAGUGCCGCCACAAUGAUGGCGCAGUCGAGGACCUAUUUCGCCUUAAAAGGACUAUUAGGAACAGUCCAGAAGCAAAACAAAUGACAUCAGAUUCAUAUGAAAGUGCACCACCAGAAGUCAGACAUGACUCCUACAAACCAAUAGCAGAAUCCCUCUCAUUAGCUCAGUCUGUCGGUUUGCAGCAUACUCAAAUAUCCAGUGAAUUCUCCUCAGCUGCACACCACCUUAAAAACAAGCAAGAUUCCAGGGAGUGUAGUUAUGCUAUAGAGGGAGAACAAAAUCCCUACGGGUCAAUUUAUCAAAAUCCUCUGCAUUAUGCUACUGUUUAUCCGACACAACCCUCUCAUUUACCAUCUGGCUAUGGGGAUUACACAGCAUCUGCCAGGCCUUUUUUGUUGAUGACACCAAGCCCUGCCCAGUUCUAUCCAACUCUCUCUACUUUUAACACAACAGGAUCUUUUGGUCCUUCUCCAACUCCUCCUUAUCCACCCACUUCAGGUCAGUUUGGCUUUGUCAUGCAGUCUGGCAGCUCUGGUUAUGCCACCCAGCAGGCUAAAACAAAGCCCACUACACACAACAGGUGUCUCAAAACAAUAGAAACAGUAGAAACUCUGAAGUCUGUUAGUUUAAAACCUUCUGCUGUUAAAGAAGUACGUACUGUCAUUAGCAUACAGACAGAAAAAUAUGCUGAAGGCAAAGCUGAAUCCCAAGCGGCACCCAUGAUGGAAGAUGACAUCAAAGCUAAACAAAAAAAAAGGCUGGAGCAGUUCAAUCAGAGAAUGAGACUGAAGAAGGAACAGCAAAUGGAAGCCCAGCGAACACGAGGACAAAGCCAAAAAUCAGCACCAGGAAAAGUUAUUCGAACAGAAGUAAAGAAUGUGUGGAUAUGUGGCCACUCCCUUGUGUUCUGGGCUGAGAAGAGGGCCACAUCUCCUGAAAUAGGUAUGCAGCUUGGUAUGGACCCCAAUAGUGUACGCAUAUGGUGGAAGGGUGUGCAGGGCAUGACAUGGCAACAGCUUCUGCCCCAGCUGCUCCAACUUAAAGACAACUGGCCCAAACCUGACAUGAUUCUCAUACACCUGGGGGGAAAUGAUAUUGGCAAGAUGACCCCAGAGGCCUUUGUGUUAGCAGUGAAGAAAGACCUGAUUUCGCUGAAGAGCAUUUUUCCUCAGUGCUUCCUUGUUUGGUCAGACAUCCUACCCCGCAAGUCCUGGAGGCACUCGGAUGACAGCAUGUCAGUGAACAACAUGCGACAGGCGAUCAACAAAACAGUACGUGGUAUUAUGGCAGAGCUUGGGGGUUCUUCAUUGGCUCAUGACAACAUAAUACCUAGACUGGACUCUGGCCUCUAUAGACCAGAUGGAGUUCACCUCUCUGGUAAAGGGAUUGACACUUUUAAUUUAAACAUGCAAGACUUUCUUGAGAAGUGGGAAAGUGAGAUAAGUGAGAGAGAGACUUCUGAAAGCUGAAAUGACUUCAGGUUAUUAACAUCUUAAUAUGGCUUUUUUUUCAGUAUCUGUUUUGUACUGUGAAACUAUAUUGGGAAUUCAUUCAUGUAUCCCUUUGAAUCUUAGGGUCUCAUACCAACCUAUGCUUAUCCUAGUCUGAAUGCAACUGCAUGUUUUCUUAAAUGAGUUGUUUAAAAAAAAAAAAAAAAAUUUGUUAUGAAUUCUCUAUCUGUUAAUAUUUACUCUUAUUUCUGUAAUUAUAUGUAGAUUUAGUUUUUUAAUGAUUGUUAAACCAUGUGAAAACAAAAAAAUAAAAGACAAUACACGACUCAACACUGUCUGUUUAUUAAGUGUACUGAGUUUCUUUAUUUCUUUCUUUUUUCUCUUUCUAUCUCUUUCUUUCAUUCGUUCUUUGUUUUGUUUUUUUUAAACAAACUUUUAGAUAACCUAGUUGUGCCUUCGGUAGACAGAAUUCUUUUGAUCACAUUUUUAUGUCACAUGUAUAUAGAAAUUGUAUAUAUCCAGUCAGUUUUGCCUGUUUGUUAUGUAGUAAGUGCAAAACAUUUUUUGUUGUUGUUGUACAAAACUCUCUAACAAUGUAUUGAUGUACAUCUGUUCAAAAUAUGAUGUGUGCUAUGCCUUCUAUAGUAGACAUUAUAAUAAAAUUAUAUAAUUGCC